CCCAAUUCUUAUGGAUGAGCGGUUGUUUCGAUUCUUCCAUUCUUUGGCGGGAAAAUGAAAGUGAAAUGUAUUUUGAAAAGUGGCAGUACAGAAAGAGCUCUCUAAUUCCCCCGAUUGGGACGUUCCCCGAGUUUUGCAUCUGGGAAAAGGAGAACCAUCCAUUUCUGCUGCCUUCUCUGUCCUGUGCUACAACUCUACGACAGAUCACAGAGCUGGAAUGAUGAAUGGGACUCUGAUUGCAGGCACACCCAUUGCAGUAGAUUUUUGGAAUAUCAGGAAAGCUAGACAGGCUCGCUUGUUCUUUCUUUCUCAUAUGCACAGUGACCACACUGUGGGGCUUUCCAGCACCUGGAACAAACCUGUUUAUUGUUCGCCUGUUACAGGUCAAAUUCUAAAUCUCAAGCUGAAGGUAGCUAAGCAAUGGAUCCGUCCUUUGGAAGUGGGAAAUAGCCAUGUUGUGCCUUUGGAUGAUAUUGGCAGAGAGACCAUGACAGUGACCUUGAUAGAUGCUAACCAUUGCCCUGGAUCUGUCAUGUUCCUUUUUGAAGGGUACUUUGGUGUCAUCCUCUACACAGGUGAUUUUCGUUACACUCCUAACAUGCAGCAAGAUCCAGUUCUAAGGAACUCAAAGCUUAUCAAUGUGCUCUAUCUGGAUAAUACUAACUGUUGUCCUAAAAUUAUCUUACCAUCCCAGGAACAGGCCACUGAGCAAAUUAAAAAGUUGAUCAGGGACCAUCCUGAUCAUCAAGUGAAGAUUGGUACAUAUAGCUUGGGAAAGGAGUCACUUUUGGUAAAACUGGCCCAAGAAUUUCAUACAUGGAUUGUGGUGAGUCCCCAGAAGAUGGAGCUUAUGCAGCUGUUGGAGAUUGAGGAUGUUUUCACUUCUGAAGAAGGAGCUGGAUGGAUUCAUGUUGUGGAUUUUUCAGAAAUCUGCGAAGAAACAAUAACCAAGUGGAAUCAGAGUCAUCCAACCAUAGCUAUUCUCCCUACCAGCAGGCCAGUGAAAAGCAGACACCCUAAUAUGCAUGUUGUUCCUUAUUCUGACCACUCAUCUUUCCAGGAACUAUUAGAAUUUGUAGCUUGGCUAAAGCCCUGCUCCAUUAUUCCUGUGGUGAAGAAUGAGGCAUGUCAAGUAUAUUUUCAACAAUACUUGAGCUCUGAGAACAAUUCACUUCUGGAGUCUAAAGUUCCAGAAUCAGUUAAACAAGUCAGGCAAAACAAGAAGAAAGAAAAGCCGAUAAAACUACUCAGAUUAUCAGCCUCUCGCUAUGCUCCAAGGGGAGUUCGCUUUGACUCUCUUGAAGAAUGUACUGAACAGAACGAAUGUUACCCUGAAACAAAAAUUUCUGAGCUGUGCUGCCCAGAACCCACAAAUGGAACUUUGCCUUAUUCUAGACAAGAACAGUGUGCUCAGUUUUCACAGUGUGAAAAGAAACAGGAAGAACCAUUAAACUCUGAGAAUAACAGAGUACUUCCUGUGGUAGAGUCAGAAAACAUGUUUUCCACCAAACAUCAGCUGAAAGAUAAUGCUGACAAUGAAUUUAAAAACUGUCACACAGUUGUAACAUCAGCAUGUACAUGCACUUUCUCCAAUGACAGAAAGGAUGCAAUCUCCACUCCAGAAAGAGUUCGUUCUUCCUGUGAGAACAGUGACUGUCUUGCUCAACCAGUCUUGGACAAUGAUGUCUUCUCAACAGCAUCACAGACUUAUCAAAUUCACAGAGUGGCCGGUCAACAGGUUUUAAAAGACCCUUUUCAGGAAUAUGAUUUAUCUCCAUUAAAUAUCUCAAAGCGAAAGUCCCUAGAAAACUUCGAUUUGCAAGUAGAAAACUACUUAAAAAGACGAAGAAUAUCAAUAGGCAUAGAGUAAUAUAAACUUGCAUUCUGGACAAGAACUUACAGGAAAUAGCAAAAUGUCUCAUCAAGUGCCAAAAGAGAAUAAUAAUCUGAUUUUCAAGUGAGGCAUAUCUGCGUCCUUCCCCCACCUGCUCCAGUUACUCAUUAAAACAGAUCUUGAUAAGUAAUCCAUUUUGAUAAAAAGGUGAAUCUUCAGUAUUAACAGCUUGUCUCUA